AUGUUACUUUUAGAUCGGAUUUUCUUUGGAUUCGGAGAUUGCAUAGAACCGUAUGUAACAAUAUUCCACUGGGAUGUUCCCCAAACUCUAGAAGAUGAAUAUGGAGGUUUCUUGAGCCGGCGUAUAGUUGAGGACGUCAAAAACUACGCCGACCUUCUAUUCCAGAGAUUCGGAGACCGAGUCAAAUUUUGGAUCACUUUAAACCAGCCUUACUCUCUCGCAACCAAAGGUUAUGGAGACGGAUCAUAUCCACCCGGACGGUGCACUGGCUGUGAAUUUGGAGGAAAUUCCGGAACCGAACCUUAUAUAGUUGCACAUAACCAACUUCUAGCUCAUGCACAAACUGUUGCAUUAUACCGAAAAAGAUACCAGAAAUCUCAAGGUGGUAAGAUAGGAACAACCUUGAUCGGGAGAUGGUUCACCCCUUUAAACGAAAACAGCAUCCGCGACAAGGCUGCUGCAAAGCGAGCAUUUGAUUUCUUUGUCGGAUGGUUUUUGGAUCCAUUGGUAUACGGAAGAUACCCGAAGAUAAUGCGACAGAUGGUUGGACACAGAUUGCCAAUAUUCACACCUCAAGAAUUAAAGCUAGUCAAAGGAUCACUUGAUUUUCUAGGGUUAAACUAUUAUGUUACACAGUAUGCCACCAACGCACCUCCUUCCACCCAACCUAGUGUCAUCACAGAUUCAAGAGUUACUAUUGGAUUCUAUCGCAACGGAGUACCUAUUGGUGUUCAGGCGCCUAGCUUCGUCUACUAUCCUCCAGGGUUCCGACAGAUUCUAAAUUAUAUCAAAAACAAUUAUGGAAAUCCACUUACCUAUAUCACUGAAAACGGAGUUGCUCAUCUUGAUACCGGAAACCUAACACUGCCAGUUGCUCUUGCCGAUAAUGGACGAAUUCAAAAUCAUUGCAGCCAUCUUUCAUGUCUCAAAUGCGCUAUCGAGUGA